UCCAUCUCGCAACGCGCACAGCCUGCAUCCUGCAUCUGCCCGUGUCCCGCGGCCUCGUCCCGAGACCCGACGUAGCGGCGGUGGUUUCUGUUUCGUUUCUGUUUCCUCGUCCUUCGCUGCUGCUGAAAAUCGACCUCGGCCGGAUUCCCUGUGCCCGCGUCGCGUGAGGCACGGUGACGUCCCGCCGUUGACGGUCCCCAUCGACGGACGCGCGCCGCCAGGAUGCCGAAGAGGAAGCACAGCCACACGCUCGUGGACUCCGACAGCGGGAGCGCGUCGGAGAGCGGCUCGGACCUAGACAAUGAUCUGUUGUCACUGGCAAAGAAGAAGAAAGGAAAGUCGCAAGAUGAUUCUCAGUCAAAUGAGGAUAACGGAUCUGUCAAGAAGGACGUCAAGCACGAGUCAGAUUUAUCGGAUUCCGAUGAUAACUGGAAUAACAAAUCUGGGAAAACGAAGAAGAAAAAAGCGCCAUCGAAGAGGAGCAAGCGGAAGAUGACAAAGUCCAGCUCGGAGGACAGCGCCAGUGAGAAAGAGCCGGCCAAACAGCACUCGGAACCAGAAGAAGGUGAGGUGUCGGAUUCAGACGCAAGUGUUUCUAGUUCAAGCCAGGAAGAAUUCAACGAUGGCUACGAUGACAAACUUAUGGGGGAUGCGGAGGAUCAGGCUAGACUCGCGCAAAUGACCGAGAAAGAGCGCGAACAGGAGAUUUUCAAGCGAAUCGAGCAACGCGAGACUAAUAAGAAGAGAUUUGAGAUUAACAAGAAGCUGCGAAUGGCCAAGAAACAAGAGUUGAAGAAGCAAAAGGAGUCGAAGAAGAAGGAGAAGGGUGUUGAGGAGAAGCAGAAGAUAGAUCGAGCCCCGGAUCCCAAGGAGAGAAGUAAAGAUCGCAAGAAGACGAUAGAGGAGAAGCAGGAUAAGAAGUUCCACGCCAUGUCGUUGCUCAAAGCCAGACGCGAAGAGAAGAAGGAACGAGAGGAGAAAGAGAAGCAGAGGAUAGAGCAGCAGCAGCAACAAUCAAAAGACAUGGAGGAAGAGGAAUUGGAUGACGACCAUAAAGGCGGUGCGAACAAAACGAAGCUUAAAGCAUCCGAUAUAUACUCGGACGACAGUGGAUCGUCGGACAGUGGGGAAGAAGAUGACGUCGCAAAACCAACGUCCCAACGCAGAUCGUCCUCGAGUGAGAGCCGUGAUUCGGAUUCCGACAACGAUAAAAAAUCGAUUACCAGUAACAAAGCUAGGCCCAAGAAGCCAGUGUACAUCAGUACUAAAGACGACCUAAACAAGAUUCGACUGUCCCGUCACAAGAUGGAGAGAUUCGUCCAUCUACCCUUCUUCGACAGAGUGGUGCAAGGAUGCUUCGUUAGAAUAGGAAUCGGCAAUAACAACGGUAAACCCGUCUACAGAGUGGCUGAGAUAAGCGGUGUGUGCGAAACGGUGAAGAUUUAUCAGCUCGGUGGCACGAGGACGAAUAAGGGUCUGAAGUUGCGCCACGGUGUGCAAGAGCGUAUAUUCAGGUUGGAGUUUGUCUCGAAUCAGGAGUUCACGGAUUCCGAGUUCUUCAAGUGGAAGGAGACCUGCGCGCUGCAAGGAAUAUCGAUGCCCACGUUUGACGAGAUGGAGCAGAAAUUGAAGGACAUCAAGGAGGCGUUGGUGUACGAAUUCAAGGAGGAGGACAUAGAGAAGAUAGUACGCGAGAAGGAGCGAUUCAAACAGACCCCCUACAACUACGCAAUGAAGAAAGCGCAGUUGAUGAGGGACCGCGACGCGGCUAACUGCAGAGGAGAUGACGAGAUGGCUAGUCGACUUAAUCAAGAAUUGAGUGAAUUAGAGGAGCGCGCGUCGGAACUGGAUAAGAUGCGUACGGCGACCAUUUCCAGUAUAUCGUACAUAAACGAUCGCAACAGGAAGAAAAAUGUGGAGGAAGCUGAGAAGGCCAUAAUGGAAGAACUGAAGGCUAAUAAAGGUAAGAAGGUCGAUGACCCGUUCACCAGGCGAAGUACCAAGCCGAGGAUGGUGUACAAGCCGGAGGAUGAGUCUGAAGUGGUAGCGACAAUUCCAGUAAACGAUAAGUCGAACCCCCAUCCGGCUGGAGAUUCCGUGUCGGCCGCUGAUAAAGAGAACGGACAGGAAUCUAAGAAGAAGCAAAGCACGGAAGACUUAUUUAACGCACAUGACUUCGACAUAACGAUCGACUUGGAAGUUCCUAUCCCAAACAAUCCCGUUAGCGUUUUACCGAAGCCCAUUAAUAACAUCAAGGAUACGGGACCUCGACGGUCAUUAAAUCUAGAAGAUUAUAAGAAGAAACGUGGUCUUAUCUAACAGUGUAUUCAUCGUAAAUAUCGUAAAGAUAUGAUAAGGCUAACUUAUCGAGGUUGUCUCUAUGAGGUAGUAAUUAAAGAUAUCAUCUUGUCUAUCGAAUAUUCUGUUUAACGACAAGAACACAGAUUCUUGUGAUGUUCUUGGUAUGUUACGAUUGACUGACGAGAUUGAUCGAGUUUAGGUUAUUUAUAAUACUUACAAUGUUAUGACUAGGUAGAUCCAUCUGUUUAAUACGUUGAGUGGUGGCGAUUUACUGACUCUAUACACGAAGGAUUAACUGUAUUGUACUGCAGUUACAUGAUAAAUAAAGGAAUAUUAACGAAACAUACUAUAUGAUACUUGAUGGUUCUUGGAAUUUCGCAAUGAUCAGAUUAACAAACUACGUCCGCAUAUAGUUGUACAACUACAUACAGACUUUGUGUACGAUGUAUCGAGGAUUAUUGCUGUAUGCGAAAUUUAUUUAUUCGCCACUCUGAUGUAAAGAGAAUCAUGAUACUCAACGUAUUAAAGAUGGUUUCGACUAAAACAAUUUCAACGAAGCGGUUCCUAUUGUGUACUCCAUAUAUUGACGUUGCCAUUGCCGGGCGAAAAAUAUAAUUACACAUAACAAUGAUUGCGAUGUACGUAGAACAAUUGUUUGAUAAUGACGGUACUUAAGGAGUAUAUUAUCAGGUACUGUGGGAAAAUAUAAGCUUACGUUUUAUCACGCAUCUUCCAACACCAUACAUCCAUAGGACGUGCGUAUUUCUCAUACUUAAAUUGACAAGAGAGAAAGGAAGGAAAGAGAGACACCGAAGUUUGUAUGAUGAGGUAAUUUGCCAAAUAACUAAACGGAUAGAAAUAUCGUUUAUAUAAGAAUUAAUUCUUACACUAAAUGGCAUAAGAGUGUGUUGUACAUGAUAGAAUAGAAAUCUUGGUAAAAGGCCAUUUUGUUAGAAAAUAGGGCACGUAUAAUUAGCUAGUAUAUAAUUUUAUAGUAAUAUCAGUUGGGUAAAGUCGUGGUCUGAUAGAUUGUUCGACGUUUCAUGAUAAAUUUCGAAAAUACGGUCUACCAUGCGAGAGAUAAUAGCUUUUGUUCACGGAUAUAUGCAGUGACGCAUUAUUAGAGCAAAGGAAUGACAUGUACGAAUAUCUAUGCAAUGAUACGUACGUAUAUUCCGAAAACUUAUUGUAAAACGUCGGACAAGCUUUCUGAUCAUGACCGUACUUAUAUCUUUAAAUUGCACAUAUUCUGUAUGUUAUAGCGCUGUAAUUCAUUGAUGUACGUUGUACAGUAUGUUGUCAUCUUAACGUCUCUCAGUUUAUCGUACUGCCUGCUCUGCCCAUAUACUUUCAAUAUUUUCUAUUGAGGAAAAGCGAAACUGUACAUAGAUAUUUGAAUGUUUUUGAGUUAUCACAUUUUUAUCGUUUCAGAUCCUGAAUAUUAAUUACAAUAGUGGUAGAAAGUAUUUUUAACAGUACCGAUUUUCUCGCUCGAAAAUUAAGUAACUAAUACUAUUUAAGAAUAGGUUAAUAUACUGCCUAUCGCGCUUACUUAUUUUUUUAUUACUUUAAUAUCGCCGAAAAAGAUUGUGUCAAAGUAUGAGGUAUAUUAAGAUUUUAUAAUUGUAUUUAUGAUUGUGACAUAUAGAAAAUAUGUACAAAACGAAUGUUGCAUCGUACUAUAUUGUUGUAACAAGGCAUCUACAUUGUCUUUACAUUUCUUUUGUCGAAAUUGUACAUACGUGUAUUUAGGGAUGCGUCGUGUUUAAGCACACACGAGAAACUUUGGAAUUCUUCUUAUCAUUUAAUAAGCUAUUAUUUUUCUGACCUAGAAAGUAUCUUCAGGAAAUCAUAAUUGUGUAGCCGUUGCGAAGUAUUGUAAAACUAUAGAAAGCAAUCUUUAUAUUUGUGUAAUAUAUCGUUUGUAUGAAACGUACGCGUGAAGGAUUAGCACGCUGACUGCUGGAAUAGAUGUAAUAUUUAUAUUUAUAAUACUCAGAAGCGAUAAGGAAUGGACAAGAUUAUUAAUUAUAAGUUCGUAUAUAUUAUAUACAUAUAAUUACUCAUACAUAUAGCAAAUUAUAUAUAUAUACUACAUAAUAAUUAUAUAUAUAAUUUUCUAGUAAUAUUUGAAAAUACAUAACGCCACACAUAUGCAUACAAUAAGAUGUUUGUGGAAUAUCCUAUCGCUUUUUAUCAUUGUACAACGUGUGUUUGCUCUAUUAUUAUAAAUAAUACAUGUUUUUUUUUUCUUGGAAAGAACAUGUAUAAUAACUUUUAAUUACUGGCAAUUAUAUCAUUUAUUGCAAAUUUUUAAAUGUACUAUUCUGCUCAAGAUACAUUGAUCUUUUUGUAAUAAAAAUGUAAUGCCAAUCUUACAUGUACAAAGGAUAACGAUAUUGUAAACUAUAUAUAACGCACUGCUAACAGUAUUUAAAGAAAUAUGUAUAAUAUACACGUGUACAUGUGUAUGCGUGUGCGGACGUGGGGUGUUUCUUCUAUUAGGACACACUUCGUAUUUAUUUUACUAGAUGUCAUAUUUUUUCGGAUCGUGCAUUACCAUAUUUGUUAGAAAAUUCUGUAUUUUGUUAUGGCAUUUUUCGCAUAUAAUUUCUGUAUUGAGCAUUGUCUUUAUGCUUUUCAUUGCACGAAGUCCACCCUUCACCGGAGAAUCUAAAGGCGGCUGCGAAGUUCCGACUAUCUGCGACUAAUUCGAUCAACGGACUCGCUUAAAGCAAAGUUUCUAAUUGUAUCAGAACAGAAAAGAUACAUGUAACUAGAUCGUAUUCUUGGGGAAAGAGCUCUGAAGAGACGAGGCUCCUGAGAAAAAAUUUGUCAAACGUUCCUUAAGCAUUUUGAUUGUAUGCCAGGGGCUCAAUCAUGAAUCUUUUCCUAUAGUGUAAACUUGUGAUAAGUGAACGAUUUCAUUGACGAAUAUUAAUAUCUUUAAGAAAGUUUUUCACGAGUUCACACUAGGCGAAAAGAUUCAUGAUCGAGCCCCGGAGCAAAGAUUCAUCGUUAACUCAAUUUCAGCCGAAAUGUUACAUGUGCUCUUUCUAUUCUCUCUCUGAUUCAGUAGUCUCUAAUCUUUUUAUUCUAUGUAACAUAAUUUACACAUAACUUUUCCUACAUAUAUUAAAUCAAAAAUUAACAAUUG